AUGGGAAGCGGAGGGGCUGCUGGUGGAUGCCUCGGGGCGGCCGUGGAUGCCGCGCAGCUAGUGAUCUCGGCUGCUGGAGCCGCCGGCAACAAUGGAGGCCUCGCGAAUAUCGCUUCAUUCGCGCGGUUCCAGUUCUCAGGUUCGUCGCAUUCUUCCUCCGCCGUGGUGGCGGAGACGGGUACCCGGCGGCACCGCUCCCUCGUGAAGGAAGAUGCCGAGCAGGUCGGUAGGUACCAGUUAGCCGAUCGCUUCAUCUUCGGUCCAGUCCCGUCCAGGGAGGAGGCAGCCGAGGCCGUCUCCUCCAUCCAGCAGUAGGGGCCCCCUUUAUGCUUCUGCAAUCCACUGCUUCUUCUGCUCAGCGUGUUCUACUGAGUCGUCAUCGUAUACUCAGCAUCGUCUUCCGAUUUGUCGAGCGCGCAGGAUGUUCCUUCCAGAUGCGUCUUCUCAUGAGCCUGCAAGACAGCUUUACAGCGCCAAUGGAUCCCAGUCUCUUGCACGCAGGAGAGUUCACGAUGCGUUUCGUCUGCUACAGAUAAAUCCGUCCGUUAAGGUAGUAUCAGAUCUUUGGUUUCACCCAAACCGCCUCUUUCUCUAUCCAUACCAGUAGCUCUUAACGAUUUCUAAAACGAAGUGGAGAUCAAAUGCUCUCUGAAAUGAUAAUCUGAGGGCUAUUUAUUUGCCAACAUGUAUAAUGGAAUCAUCCGUAAUUGGUGGAUAACCUGCUCCAGAAUGUUUACGGCCACAAAUCGAUAAUCGAUAAUAUCUCCAAGUUUCCUCCGAGAUGUGCUUCUCUUUUUCUUCCUUUUUCUUGCGGUUCCGAUCAUCUCACACGACUAUAAUCAUCUAUUCACUUCUAUCAUUUGAAAUAAUGCAGAGGACCGUAGUUUCAUUGGCGACGGACAAAGCCGUCUGGGAUGCCGUAAUGAAGAACGAAUCAGUGCAAGAGCUCAGGGCGGCCUUCUAUUCAGGUUCUUCUACUUUCCAUCUGUGUUCACACUCAGGCUAGCUAAUAUUUUGUUUUUUAGAGCUACUAGUUCAGACGAUUCAUAGCAUAUGCUCCAUUACUUUUCAACCAGAGAAUGCUCCAAUAAACCAUUCCCUCGUUAUAUCGCCCAAUCGCUGUUAGAAUCACGUCUCAUUAAUCAUGCUAAGAUCUGUUCUAUGCAUUCAAUGCUCCCGAAAAUCUCAAAUCCGCAUCCUAGCCCCUUAAAAAAACUAAGUAAAAAGCUCCGGACCUCCCAUUCUAUAAAUGGCAUGCACUUGCUAGCGAGCAAGAGUGAGUGAGUGAGAGAGGGAGAGAGAGAGAGAGUCACUUCAUUUGCCAGUUUGGAGGGGGGCUGAGACUUGAAUGCAGAGAAAUCUGACCAGACCCCAGUUGCUGACACCCCUUACGGACCGCAUAACGCUGGUUCUCCACACCUCAUUCUCUCCUCUGUGCUGGAAACUUUUAUUUUUGUGCAGCAGAUGAGGCCCGGAGAUCGAGGGCUGACGAGGUUGAAGGGACGAUCCUCAGCAAUCUUUCGGCGAGAGCGUUGAACUGGGUCUUCGACCUGAGCAAGUCCAAGAUACUGGAAUUGGUCCAGAAGAUCGCCAAGAUCGUGGACGAGCUCCUCCUCCCGGGCCACAGGAAGGCCGAGGAGGGCCAUCAGAAGGGCCUCCAGGAGGAUGCGCUACGCUCAUCGUUCAUGCUCUCCAUCUUGGUCUCCAUCGUCGUCGUCGUGGCGCGUAUCCACAAAGCCUUCCCUCUUGAUGUUGGGAGCAUUUAA